GCAGUGCCCUUGAUCAAUAAUAAGUAAAAACCAUUUCAUAUUAGAGCCCAGGUAAUGACAGUUAUCAUUGCAGUGCCCUUGAUCAAUAAUAAGUAAAAACCAUUUCAUAUUAGAGGUAAUGACAGGGACAAUUGUUUUGGAUGAGAGCUGCAAUGCUGAAAAUGACAGCCGAGAACUCAAAAAAGCAAUGAAGGGGAUUGGAACAGACGAGGCUGCAAUUAUUAAGAUACUGAGUAACCGGACAGUUGAACAGAGAUUAGAUAUUUGUACCAAAUUCAAGAAAAUGUACGGCAAAUCCCUCAAAACGGAACUGAAAUCGGAGCUCAGCUCCCAUUUCUUAAAACUGGUAAAAAGUUUAAUCCUGCCAGUACCCCAGCUGCUGGCUAAAGAAGCUCACCGAGCCAUAAAAACGAGUAUGCCUCACUCACUUAUAGAGGUAUUAAUUGGCAUGGAUAAUAGGAGCCUUAACGAACUGAAAAUAUUCUACAUCCAAAAAUUCAACGUUUCAAUCGAAAGGGACCUUGGCGGUAUGUUAAACGUGAGCAGCGGUUUCAAACGGUUGGUUCUAGCAAUUCUGCAAGGGAGCAGAAACGAGAGCGAGAUACCGGACCCAGCCCUAGCUGAACAAGACGCUAAAGACCUCUCAGAAGCUGGACCUAACAGGUUCGGCACGGAGGAUCCUGUUUUCAACGCUCUGCUGGCUUCCCGGGGUUACGAGCACUUGAAGUUGGUGUUCGCGGAGUACCGGGUUGAAGCGUACGAGGAUAUUGGGGAGAGCAUACGAUCAGAGAUGAUAGGGGAACAUCAGGAGAUAUAUCUGCAGAUCGUUAACCUGAUCAGGAGACCCACGGCGUGCUUUGCUGAGGCGCUCUUUAAGAUCAUGAAGGGAGUAGGGACAGACGAUGACGAACUAAUACGGGUCAUAGUGUGGAGAUCAGAAAUAGAUCUGGAGGAGAUAAAAGUAGAGUUCGGAAGACUGCUGGAUAGGAGUCUCAGUGACUACAUUAGUGAUGAGACCAGUGGAGAUUACAGGUCUCUUCUGCUAGCCAUUGUCAAAUAAGUCUCUUCUUCACACAUUCCAGACAAUCGAAAUGAAUAUAAUAUGAAUGAAUGUUUUCGUACAGCAGGGUGUACAGGAUAUGAAAAACCAAAGUUGCAACGCUCCGUGGCCUUGUCAGUUUUGUUGAUUAUAUAGAAAAGGUACCUUUCAAGUUUUGCAAUUCCUCGCGGGACUAUAAAGAAAAGGUAGCUUUCAAGUUUUGCAAUUCCUCGCGGGAUUUUAAAACCCGUAACAGCUGGUUUAAUUGUGAUUUUGAGAUUUUAUUGUUACUGUUAAGGUUUUUCGGCAGUUUUAUUUUCUUAUUCUUAAUCAAAUGAUAGCUUCCCCUUAUCAA